AUGGAAUUGGCUUUGGGUCAGUACGCCCCGCCACGGCGGACAGGGACGUACGGCUCCCACAAUGACGAGCUGCACAUGAGCAGCGGCAUGAGCCAGCACAGCCAGCAUGGCCGGCAUGGCCAGAUGUCCCCUCGGGAAUACUCGUCAACCGGCGCGCCGCCGCACAUCAAGCUCGACCAAGCGCCACCGAACCCCGCCCCAAUGCAGGGCUACCAGAACAGCUCCGCGGUGCCCAACGUGCUGCAGCCAGGGGGCUUGGCCGGCCGACCCCCCGCGUUACCCUCGAACGCGGCACCAAGCCAGCCCGACUAUUCGACGCCGUCAAAACCUUCCAACCUGAGCCUCUCCCAUACCUAUUCACGCUCAAGCCCUGCGGCCCCAUAUGAAGGCGGCUCCGGCUAUGUCCCCUACACUCCAACCACGCCAAACGCCGGCUCAUCGUCCCAGUUCAUCUCGCCCUCUGAUCCCAAAUAUGCAUCUGGCUCGCAGCGUAACAUCUCCAACACCCCUCUUGGUCUUGCAGAUAUCCGACCACGUGCCGACUCGAGCCUGUCGGACGGUAUCCCUGGCAGUUCGCAAUACGAGAUGGUGAACAGCCAGCCGGGCACGAGCAAAUAUCUCGCACCAUGGGCUCUAUAUGCCUUCGAUUGGUGCAAAUGGCCCGCCAAUGACAAUAGCGCAGGGAAGGUGGCAUUGGGAAGCUACCUCGAAGACGGCCAUAACUUUAUCCAAAUCCUUGAUACCCAAUUCGUACCCACUCCGUCCGAUGUUUACAUGCCCGGGACGUCAAAGCACAGCAUGGAGUUUACCAAGAUCGCCGAGGCUACGCACUCGUACCCGGUGACCCGCUUGCUCUGGGAACCACCGUCCUCCCAGAAGCAGUCGACAGAUCUGCUGGCCACGUCGGGCGAUCAUUUGCGGCUAUGGUCGCUCCCUGCAGACGUCCCAACGCCCCAGAGCAACUCUAUUACGGGAAGAAAUGGCCGGGAUUUGCCCAUCACCAAAUUGACCCCGUUGGCUCUGUUAUCCAAUUCGAAGACGCCCGAUCAUACCGCGCCGUUGACUUCUCUGGACUGGAAUACUGUGUCGCCCAGCUUGAUCAUCACGUCAAGCAUCGACACAACCUGCACCAUCUGGGACAUUCCCUCGUUGACAGCCAAGACCCAGCUAAUCGCGCACGACAAGGAGGUAUAUGACGUGCGGUUCUGCGCAAACAGUGUUGAUGUGUUUGUUAGCUGUGGCCAGGAUGGGAGUGUCCGCAUGUUUGAUCUGCGGAGUCUCGAGCACAGCACUAUCAUCUACGAGCCUACCGGCAAGGAAGAACGAGACCCCAACGGUGGCCGGAUGAGUCCGACUCUCGCGCAGCAGACAAUGUCGCACCCUCCCCCGCUCCUGCGCCUUGCAACAUCCCCCCAUGAUACCCACCUCUUGGCCACAUUUGCCCAAGAUUCCAACGUCAUCCGAAUCCUGGAUGUGCGGCAACCGGGCCACGCUCUCCUGGAGCUACGGGGUCAUGGGGGCGCGCUGAGCUCCAUCGAGUGGUCGCCACAUCGGAGAGGGACCCUCGCUUCGGGGGGUGACGACUGCCAAGUUCUCAUCUGGGAUGUCAUGAGCCAGUUUGCCCCGGCCGUUAACGGUGCAUCCCAAGCCAACGCCGCUCAAAGUCCCGUUGCCAGCUGGCAAUGCGAUUACGAGGUCGGCAAUCUCGGGUGGAUUCCACACUCCCCCGGCGGCGGUGACUACGGAGAUUGGCUUGGUGUCAGCGGUGGGCGGGGCAUCUGGGGUGUCAAGAUGUAGGGCGAUACCUAACUAUCUAUUGUCGAUGUCGACGACGGAAUAAGAGGGCCGGCGCACCCGGGGGCAAAAAAGGACGGG